AUGUUUUUACAGGGAAAGUUUAACUUAACAAUAACACAAUUCGACGUAUGCAAGGGGCCAAAACAAAAGGAUUGUGCAGUUCUACAGGCCGGAAUCAGCAACUACCAUUCUUUAUACAUAGACUUGAAUGUCUUGCAGAGAAUAUCGCCCUCAAAGGGAAAAAUCGUUGCAUAUUCAAAUGGAAAGGAGUUUCUUCGACUGCAAGUUAAGAAACCAUGUGAUCACCUGUUCUUGAGGCCUCUGUUCAAUUCCAUCAUGAAUAUUACUAAGGACUGUUAUGUGAUCAAGGGCCACUACAAAUACAGCAUCGAUAUACUCUCAAUAGCACAGUCAUACUUCGGUGGUACAUUCAUACUCGGCAAUUGGACCUUUAAGUCGGUGUUCUACAGUGAUGUCUGCAAUUUAUCCUGCGCCAAUAUAUAUGUAGUGAUGUCACCGUUGAAGUAA